UUAGUAUGUGAAAUAAUAAUAUCCCGUAAAUAAUAUGAAUCAUCCUACGAUAAUUACAUGCUUAAAAAAGUUAUAUAUAAGCACAUGGGUUCUCAUUUUUUUCAUCCAUAAUUGAUUGAAAGUUUUCUUUAACUCUUUUCUAUAUUGUUUCAACAAAUUCAAAUAUAAUUCAAAUAAAAUGCCAGUUGCUAGAAGAAUCUUACACAUAAAUGCAGCUAAGACUGCUUCAAGAUGUUGGUUACCAAUUAAUCAAUAUUCUGUUCAACCUAAGUCACAUUCUAUAUAUUCAAAAUUAAAUAAUUCAAGAAUGUUCUCAUCUAAGCAUAGAUGUGUAAACUUCAACAAUGUUUCAGAUGCUUCUUUAGUGUCAAAUGAUGAUGUCUUAAGCUAUCAAGCUGCAAAUGUUUCACCUGCAUCUCCAAGUUCUUCACAUCCAGACUAUUUCGAACCAACAGUCGCAUCUUCAGAAGAUAUUACAACUGCUAGUCCAGUUAAUAAAGCUUGAUUCUGGCGUCCUACAAUGAUAGUCACAAAUGAGAUUUAAGCUAUUUCAUAUCCCCUUGCAUAAUUCAAUUCUUCCGUUUCUCCUAAGCAAAAAUAUUAGGAGCU